CAGGCCAGAGCCUUAUACAAGGUACACCUUUUGUGGGCUGGCAACAAUGAUUCUGAUCAAUGAGGUCAAUUGUUUGGACUUGCCUAGACUAAUUGAUUGGUUGGUAUUUCGACAAGGGAAGGAAUGUGGAUUUCAGGGGAGGACUAAUAAGUUAGUUGAUGGUUGCUACUCUUUCUGGCAGGGAAGUGCAUUUGCAUUAUUACAAAGAAUACCUUCAGUUAGUGAGGAGCAAAUUGUGCUACCGGAUGUGGGACACUGCAAUUUGGAUACCUCACACACUUCUACAACAUCUCGUAUAUCUGAAGUGGACAACAGUUCUGAAGGUACUUCAUCUCAGGUUCAUGACACCAGAGGUUUUAGCCAGGAAGGGUUGAAGGUUCCCUUUCCAGUGAAUUACAAUGAUAUUGGAUAUGAUUUUAUCAACAGAAGUGUAGAAAUGAAGCCACUUUUCCAUGCCAUUGCAUUGCAGCGGUGCAUACUUUUAUGCACACAGAUUAUGGACCCAAAAACUGGAGAGGAGAGGCAUGUUAGAAUUUAUGUGGAUGAUGGCAGCCGGCCAAAUGCAAACAUGACUGAUUUGGCGAAAUUGAAGCCUGCAUUUAAAUCAGAUGGGACAACAACUGCAGGAAAUGCUAGCCAGGUAAGUGAUGGUGCUUCAGUAGUACUCCUGAUGAAGAGAAGUGUAGCUAUUCAGAAGGGACUUCCUAUUAUUGGUGUUUUCAGUGGGAAAGAAAAGCAAAUCACUACACAAUGGAGAAUGUUGAUGUUGUCCGGGCAGAGUAGGCAAAGUAUGUUCUUAAGUUUAAAGAUAGCUAGUGUGUAG